GAAGGUGGCCAGCAUUCGUGACUGGCCGCGUCCUCAGUCUGUGACUGAGAUGAGAUCUUUCUUAGGGAUGCCCGGCUACUAUCGCAACUUCGUGGAAAACUAUAGCAUAGUUGCCACCCCUUUGACUGAUCUGACCCGCCUUGACACCCCAUGGGAGUGGACUGAGAAAUGUGAGGCCGCUUUCAGACAUCUGAAGCAUGCGUUGACGCAUUACGAAGUCUUAAAACUUCCUGAUCCUGAUAAGCCAUUUAUAGUGACUACGAAUGCUAGCCAAUAUGGCAUAGGCGCCGUACUUGGACAACAGGAGGGGAAAAAGUUGAGGCUAGUAAAGUACAUGUCCAAAAAUAUGCCCUCUCAGAAGUUGGCCAAGUCCACCUAUGAGAAGGAACUCUAUGCAGUUUACGAGGCUCUGACCCAUUGGAGGCAAUACCUCCUUGGGAGGUUCUUCAUCCUCAGGACUGAUCAUCAGACCCUGAGAUGGAUGAGAACUCAGCCGGUACUCUCUGAUGCUCUAAAGCGUUGGAUCGAAGUCAUUGAGCAGUACGACUUCGAGCCCCAGUACAUCAAGGGCGAGUACAACAAGGUUGUUGAUGCCCUGUCGCGUAGACCAGACUUCUCUGCUGCGCUGAUCACUGAGUUUGGGCUUGCGGACAAUGUUACUCAGUCUAUGGUGGAAGCCUAUCGCGAGGAUCAGUUUAUGUCAGAAAUCAUACGCAGACUAGAGGCGAAGGACAAAAAGACUUCAGCCGAGUUUGAGUGGUUAACGGCUUUCUCUAGAACUGAUGGCGACGGAACAAGAUACCGGGGCACUGCCACGACGCAGUGCCAGGCUCGCAGUUCGUGCCCGUUCCAUCGUAUCUCCGCGACCCAAGUAUCAGCAACAGCGAAUCAGCAGGCGGACGACUCCAGCAGCAUCGAGUACGGCAGUGACAGUACCAGUCUCCACCGGAGUUCUUCCCGCAUGUCCGGUCCAUGGACCGCCCUUAUGGCUGAGUCCGGUACAACAAUGAAGCCGAGCUCGGCUCGGCACCCGCAGACGGAUGGCCAGACGGAGCGAGCACACCAGACCGCUCAGAUGAUGUUGCGCACGCUCAUCCGUCCUGACCAGAAAGAUUGGGUUGACCGGCUUCCUGACAUCGAGUUCGCCUACAACACUUCAGUGCACCCGGCGAUCUGCGUCACACCAUUCGAGCUACAUCAUGGUGGAGCGAAAGCACGGAUCUUCACUGAUAUACUUCUGCCACAGGCUGCCGACAUAGACGUCCCUUGCUCGCCCGCUUCCGUUCGGAAGUACCGGGACUUGCUGAUCAAAGCCCGCGCAAAUAUGCAAAAGGCCCAAAUCCGCAUGCAGCAGCAAGCUAACCAACCUCGACUUCCAUGUCCUUUCCGCGAGGGAGACCUUGUCUGGGUCCUCUCCGAGGAAUUUGCACUUGAGCAGGACGUUUCGCGCAAACUCCUUCCGAAAUGGUUCGGACCAUGGGAAGUUACUUCUGCCGUUGGAGAUGAUCCUGCAGGUCCUUCCUUCGUGAUCAACAUUCCACCGCAUCUCACGAUGCACUCGGUCUUCCACGCGUCGAAGCUGGCCAUUUACACACCACCUUCUGACGACGAGUUUCCGGGCCGACGAUCACAGGAUCCGCCUUCUAUGGACGGACAUCAGGAAGUUGACCGAAUCAUCACGCACCGCAAGCAUGGCAACAAGCCAAUGCAGUACAAGGUCACAUUCAAGCAAUGUGCGCCUGAUGACACUCGGUGGAUCUCUCGCACAGAUUUGCAGACCUCUGCGCCCCUCAUCUUCGCGGACUGUGAGAAGCGAAGACUUGCCAAGGAGGCAGCUCGUCCCGCCCGACCCGCCCCGGUAUCGGACAGACAACUCCACCCUCGCCGGUAGCUUGGUCUUUUAAGGGGGGGAGUGUGUUACAUCUUCGACGCCACACGGGCCCUACCGGACCCGACUUAGGGCCAGAGGGACACAGUAGGGCCUAAAGGCCCGACCUUGGGGUAUUACCAGGGCCUUUCGGCCAUGACUUGGACUAGACCGACGGACCAGGCCCAAACGACAUUUUCGUUUGGGGCCUGGCAGGGCCUUCAAGGCUGCCGCCCUCCGGUCGGAUCUGAAUCGUCGAUCUGGACGAUUCAGACCCAACCGA